AUGGAUAAUUUAAUGGUAAGAACCAAGAUCCCUGUGGAAUAUCUUGUUGUGUUUGUGUUUACAUCUGUCAGUUUGUUACAGCUGGCUAUCAAAUCUCCACCUGGGAUCUGGGUCAGCAGUACUGAUAUGAUACUAUCUAUUCCAGAAAAUGCAGCCAUUCCAUGGGAAAACUCAGAUGUGUGUGUGAUCACUGUUCCCAGUACUCCAAAAUACUGUCGUAACCAUGGCGUCUAUAAAAUCAACACAGAGGGUUAUGUGACUGAUAUAUUGUACCAUAAGGACCUUGGAGGACUGGAGAGCUGUGAGCGACCUGAUGGAACUGUCCCCGUGGUAUGUUCUGUAAUUUACCUGAGCCAUGCUGUGACAGAGGCCCUCCUGUCUUUCCAUGUGAAACCCCCACUGGAUGCUUGUACAUACAUGGGAGUGGACAGUGGUCAGCCCCCUAUACAGCUGUCUCUGUUCUUUGAUGUCAUGUUACCAAUGACAAGUGAUGUGAAUGAGAAGGAAUUUGUAUCUGGAGGUCGAAGUGGGGUCAAGGGUCAAGCCCUUGUGGCAGGGUCAGACAGUAUGAUGAAGACAAUGAGGUCAGCCAGACAUAUACUGUGGCAGAAUCUACACAACUUCAAAAUAUGGGCAUGUAUGGUGGAGAAAGGAGAGUUCCAUUAUCUUGUAAGCUGUCCUUUAGACCAUGAAGCCAUCUUGCUUGAUUGUCCCUACAAAAAUAACUUCCACAAAUCAGAGAUUACCUGGCAAGGUGUCAACCAUUCACUAGUACAGGACAAGAGUAAAGUAGAAGAUGAUGCCAUCCUCAUCAAUAGCAUCCUCAGUGACAAAGUUGUAGUCUGUUCCAAGUCUAUCAUUACGGACUGUCAGCUAGGAGGACGUAUGGAGAUAGGACGUGGUUGCCUGGCAACGGGAAG